CAGCUGCCGUUACUCUUAUCGACGUUCUAACCCCAAAACCCCAAACCCCUCUUCAUCAUUCAUCACCCGCAACGAAUGUCAGUCUUUCACCACCCCACUUCAAUGUCUCGCUUAAUUCGGAGUGCUUGGAGAACCCUCGGCUCUUCUUCUUCUUCCUCUACUUCUGAUGCAUUCCUUGCUAAUGGAUUCAAGGGAUACAAUCAUUUCAGUUCCCAUUUCCAAUGCCGAAAUUCUAUUUCAUCUCUUCUCCACCAAUCCAGACCCUACGCAACUCAUACGAACACCAAAUCGCCUUUCGAAGCUAACAUUCUCCGAAUCCUCCAUAACGAGAUCGAGUACCAGGUCGAGUAUGCUCCUCCACACCAGCACGCCACGAAAUUCAAUUCGUUUGUGGUUCAAGAUCGACCAGGAGGGCAGUGGAUGACAAUGAAGGGCACAUAUAAUGAUUCUGAAGAAAUUAAACUUGAAGUUACAAUGUUUGAUGGGUAUGAAUCCGUUCCAAAAUUAGGAGAUGAUAGUUCAGGGGAAGAUGUCCGCCUUCACAUUAGCGUGCUUGUGGAUAUCUCUAAGAGGAGUGGAGACGACGCAUUGGAGUUUGUGUGCUCAGCAUGGCGUGAUUGUUUAGAGAUUCACAAACUUUACUUGUUUAGUCCUAACAGUAUGGCGUCUAGGCCUUACUUGGGACCUCAUUUUAGGAAUUUGAGUUCUCAGCUGCAGCAGAGACUUCGGGAGAUUUUGGAGGCAAGGGGGGUAAAUGAUAAACUUGCUGUUUUCUUGCAUGAGUAUAUGAUGAAUAAGGAUAGAGUUGAACUUAUCCAAUGGUUUGGAAAGGUUAAAUCGUUCAUAGAACAAUAGGUUUUUUUUUGGCAGUCCCUUCUAUGAGACUAAUGUAGGUUUGAUUUUAUGAUUCUAGGGACUAUGCAAUGUAUAGCUACUCAAAUCGAAUUAUAAUAUGCUAAUUAUUGAAUCUUUGA